ACAUUUCGUUUGGGAGGAGUCAGUCAUUUCGUGCGCUUCCGCAGAGACGACGCACACAGCUUCACUUCUCAGCUCUCAACGUUUUUCACCUGAAAUUUCGCUUCUGCUUCGUCUUCUAGACGCGGAUCUGAUAAUUUGGGAUUUCUUCUGUGAUGGUGUAAUCUAGAUUUAAGAUGACAUCUUCGCAUAAUAUUGAAUUGGAGGCAGCUAAGUUUCUGCAUAAACUUAUACAAGAUUCUAAAGAUGAACCUGCAAAGCUAGCAACUAAACUUUAUGUGAUAUUGCAGCACAUGAAAACCAGUGGAAAGGAACACUCUAUGCCCUACCAAGUCAUAUCUAGGGCCAUGGAUACUGUGGUCAAUCAACACGGUCUUGACAUUGAAGCUUUGAAGUCAUCGUGUCUUCCUCAAGCUGGUGGUACCCAAACGGAAGAUUCUGGGUCUGCACAUUUGGCUGGGUCUUCCCAAGUGGUUGGAGUUAGCAAUGAGGGCAAAGCAAGUCUAGUUGAAAAUGAGAUGCCAAAAUACGAUGCCUUCGCUUCUGGUAGGCAGCUUGGUGGAUCAAACAGUGCAUCACAAACCUUUUACCAAGGGUCUGGAACUCAAAGUAACAGAUCAUUUGAUCGUGAGAGUCCAUCCAACUUGGAUACUACGUCGGGAAUUUCUCAAUCUCACAACAGGAGUGAGACAAUGAAUCAAAGAGAUGGCAAGUCAAGUGGAAAGAGAAAGAGAGGUGAAUCAUCACUUUCAUGGGACCAGAAUAUGGACAACUCUCAAAUAUUUGAUAGGCACAAGAUUGAUGAUCAGACUGGAGAAGUAAGCAAAAUAGAAAUGCCUGGUAAUUCAGGUGAAAUUAGGAAUUUGCAUGUUGGGUUGUCAUCAGAUGCCUACACAACUCCACAGUGUGGCUGGCAGAACAGUGAAGUCACAGCAACCAGGCCUCCAGUUCAUAAAGAACCUGGAAAUAAUGUUGCAGCAGAGGGAUCACUACCCUCAGGUUCACCUUUUAGAGAGCAACAGCUAAAGCAGCUCAGAGCCCAGUGCCUUGUGUUUCUAGCUCUCAGAAAUGGUUUAGUGCCAAAGAAACUGCAUGUAGAGAUCGCCCUUCGAAAUACUUUCCGCGAAGAUGAUGGUUUCCGUGGAGAAAUGUUUGAUUCAAAAGGGAGAACACAUACGUCCAGUGAUUUGGGUGGCAUUCCUGACGUCUCUGCACUGUUGUCAAGACCAGACAAUCCCACUGGAAGAUUGGAUGAAAUGGACUUCUCAUCCAAAGAAACCGAGAGAUUAAGAUUAGGGGAAAAAAGUUUCACACAUAAUGUAUUUUCUGAUGGGCAAAAGCUUCUAGCCUCUAAAAUUCCAGGCUCUCAAGCACAAACUCAGGUUGCUGUCAGUCAUUCUCAAUUGGCCUUUUCUCCUGGUUUGACCAAACACACUCCAUCAGAGAUGGUGGGCUGGGCUGGAGUAAUUAAAACUAAUGGCCUCUCAACUUCUGCUGUUCAACUCGAUGAUUUUAAUGCUUCUGCAGACGAAGAGCAAGGUAAUUUGCAACCGUCACCUAAAUACACCAUGUCGCAGAAAUGGAUUAUGGGUCGACAAAAUAAGAGACUAUUGGUUGAUCGGAGUUGGUCUCUUAAACAGCAGAAAGCCGACCAGGCGAUUGGGGCACGGUUCAAUGAGCUGAAGGAAUCUGUGAGUUUGUCAGAGGAUAUAUCUGCAAAGACCAAGAGUGUAAUAGAACUGAAAAAGCUUCAGCUGUUAAAUCUACAACGACGAUUGAGGAGUGAGUUCGUUUACAACUUCUUCAAACCUAUUGCAACUGAUGUUGAGCAUCUUAAGUCAUAUAAGAAACAUAAGCAUGGCCGGAGAAUCAAGCAGCUUGAAAAGUAUGAGCAGAAGAUGAAGGAAGAGAGACAAAGAAGAAUUCGUGAGAGACAGAAGGAGUUCUUUGGGGGCUUAGAAGUUCACAAGGAAAAACUGGAGGAUUUGUUUAAAGUUAGGAGAGAAAGGUUGAAGAGUUUCAAUAGGUAUGUGAAGGAGUUCCACAAAAGAAAGGAACGGCUUCACCGCGAAAAGAUUGACAAAAUUCAACGCGAGAAGAUUAAUUUGUUAAAGAUAAAUGAUGUGGAGGGUUAUCUCCGAAUGGUGCAGGACGCCAAGUCAGACAGAGUAAAGCAACUACUCAAAGAGACUGAAAAGUACCUUCAGAAACUUGGAUCCAAAUUAAAGGAGGCUAAAUCUUUGACCAGUCGAUUUGAGAAUGAGGCAGAUGAAACGCGUAUUUCAAAUGCUACUGAAGAUGAAACUUUAGUAGAAAAUGAAGAUGAAAGCGACCAAGCAAAGCACUACCUGGAAAGCAACGAAAAAUACUACUUGAUGGCGCACAGUAUAAAAGAAAAUAUCAAUGAGCAGCCAUCGUGCCUAGUGGGUGGAAAGUUAAGAGAGUACCAAAUGAAUGGCUUAAGGUGGCUACUUUCACUGUACAACAAUCACUUAAAUGGCAUUUUAGCUGAUGAGAUGGGUCUCGGGAAAACUGUUCAGGUUAUUUCUUUGAUUUGCUAUCUGAUGGAGACAAAAAACGAUAGAGGUCCCUUCUUGGUUGUUGUACCAUCUUCGGUUCUGCCUGGCUGGCAGUCAGAGAUUAACUUCUGGGCCCCAUCAAUUCAUAAAAUUGUAUACUGUGGGCCUCCUGAGGAAAGGCGCAAACUAUUUAAGGAGCAAAUUGUUCAUCAGAAGUUCAAUGUCCUUCUGACGACAUAUGAAUAUCUAAUGAACAAGCAUGAUAGACCGAAAUUAAGCAAGAUUCACUGGCAUUACAUUAUUAUUGACGAAGGACAUCGCAUAAAAAAUGCAUCCUGCAAGUUAAAUGCAGACCUGAAACACUAUGUUAGCUCCCACCGACUCCUGUUAACUGGAACCCCGUUGCAGAACAACUUAGAAGAAUUGUGGGCUCUGCUUAAUUUCCUGCUGCCUAAUAUUUUCAACUCGUCAGAAGACUUUUCACAGUGGUUCAACAAACCAUUUCAAAGCAAUGGAGAAAAUUCUGCUGAAGAGGCGUUACUAUCAGAAGAAGAGAAUCUACUGAUCAUCAAUCGACUUCACCAAGUUCUUCGACCAUUUGUGCUACGUCGGCUAAAACAUAAGGUUGAGAAUGAGCUUCCUGAAAAGAUAGAGAGAUUGAUACGCUGUGAGGCUUCUGCGUAUCAGAAGUUGUUGAUGAAGAGGGUUGAGGAUAAUUUGGGCUCAAUUGGAAAUGCGAAGUCUCGUGCAGUGCACAACUCAGUAAUGGAGCUUCGGAAUAUUUGCAAUCAUCCAUAUCUAAGCCAACUGCAUUCAGAGGAGGUCAAUAACAUAAUUCCUAAGCAUUUUCUGCCCCCAAUUGUAAGACUGUGUGGGAAGCUUGAGAUGUUGGAUCGACUAUUACCCAAACUUAAAGCAACAGACCAUCGGGUUCUUUUCUUUUCCACAAUGACGAGGCUUCUUGAUGUUAUGGAGGAUUACCUCACCUUGAAGGGGUACAAAUACCUUAGGCUGGAUGGGCAGACAUCUGGGGGUGAUCGUGGUGCUCUUAUCGAUGGGUUCAACAAGUCGGGUUCCCCAUUUUUCAUAUUUCUGUUAAGCAUACGGGCUGGUGGAGUAGGAGUUAAUCUUCAGGCUGCUGAUACUGUAAUAUUAUUUGACACCGACUGGAAUCCUCAGGUUGAUCUGCAAGCUCAAGCAAGGGCUCACAGGAUUGGCCAGAAAAAAGAUGUGCUUGUUCUUCGUUUUGAAACGGUUAAUUCUGUUGAGGAGCAAGUGAGAGCUUCAGCCGAGCACAAACUUGGAGUUGCUAACCAGAGUAUAACCGCUGGCUUCUUUGACAAUAACACAAGUGCUGAAGAUCGUAAGGAAUAUUUGGAAUCCCUUUUGCGUGAAUCAAAGAAAGAGGAGGAUGCUCCAGUAUUGGAUGAUGAUGCCUUAAAUGAUCUUAUAGCUCGAAGGGAGUCAGAAAUUGAUAUCUUUGAGUCCAUCGACAAAGAAAGGAAAGAACAUGAGAUGGAAACAUGGAAUACCUUGGUACAUGGGCCAGGGUCAGAUAAGUUUGCCCAUCCUGUACCAUCUCGGCUUGUUACUGAAGAUGAUUUAAAAGUACUAUAUGAAACAAUGAAACUAAAUGAUGUCCCGAUGGUUGCAAAAGAAUCAACUGUUGGCAUGAAGCGGAAGGAUGGUUCGAUGGGAGGCCUGGAUACUCACCAAUAUGGAAGAGGGAAACGAGCAAGAGAGGUUCGAUCUUAUGAAGAGAAACUAACAGAGGAGGAGUUUGAGAAGUUGUGCCAGACUGAGUCACCUGAUUCUCCCCAAGGCAAGGGCGAAGGAAGUGAAAAAAGCUUGGUGAAUGAUACAUCAAUUAUUCCGUUUGAAACCUCUAUUGACACACUACUUCCUACAUCUCCGACACUGGCAAUAACUUCACAACCAAUGGAACCUCUAAGGCCACAGCCGCAGCCACUGAAAGAAGAAACACAGCCUAUCAAACGGGGCCGUGGUAGGCCGAAGAGAACUGAUAAAGCCUUGACCCCUGUAUCAUUAUCAGCUGUAAGCAGGACACAGGCAACAGGGAGUGCUAUAUCGUCGGCAGGAACUGGCCCUGCCUUUGUUAGUCCGGAUAAAAAGCUAGAAGCAGCUUCUCAUUCUAGUUCCUCUCCGGCCCUGACAUCGCCUGAUUUAUCUGCCCCUCCUGGUUUUCAAUCAUUGCCAGCAUCUCCUGCUCCUAUGCCAGUAAGAGGUCGAGGUAGGGGAAGAAGCAGGGGGCGUGGAGGAGGAAGGGGAAGAAGAGGUGAAGGUGUAUUACAUGGUUCCAACAGUUCUAGUACUCAGAGAACUGAAACUGCUGCAGCUCUUGCAAGGGAUCCAGAAGCCACAAAACAUAGUGGCGGAAGUACUUCAUAUCCUGACUCAGUACCUCCCGUGAUUUCUGAUACUACUGGAGUUCAAUCAGACAAAGCAGCAGAUAAUGACCUAGAUGCACCACCUGGGUUUGCUUCAGGAUCCCAUGUUCAGACGCUAAAUGUACUUGAGAAUUCAUUGGAAAGAAAAACAGCUGCCGUAAAGAAGAGGCCUUUGAUUCAGGGUGUGAGCUCCCAGCAUCCAGGACUUAAUAAACAGCAACAUGAUUUGCCCGUCUCCACUAGCUCUACUUUAUUGGGUGCUGGCCCUAUGCAAAAUCAGAGUGCUGUCUCUUCUGUUUGUGAUGGAACCAAAAAUUCUGAGGCUGGAAGAAAUAAACAUCCAGAGGGUCGUUUGCCACUUGUGACAGCUGCACCUGCUGAUGCUACUCUGCCAGGGAGUUCUCAACCUGACGGUUCUUCAGUUGAAGCUCAAGAAGCCAAUAUUCCUUCUCCUGCAGCCAUUCCUGCUAAGAGGCGAGGCCGCAAUGUGCCAAGUAGAGGAGAAACUCCCAGACGCCAAGGAAAGAGGCGUGGUCAAGCGUUACCUGCUACUGAUGGCUCUUCUGCUAAGGGUACACAAAUAGAGCUUAAAGUUGGUAAUUCAACAGGCACUAAAGCUAUAUCGGCUGGAAAUAAGUCUGAUGCUGUUGCCAAAGAACAACCCCACCUUAGCCAGUUAGUUGCAGCCGAUAUUCACACUUCUGGCAGCUUGAGUCAGGAAAGUAGAAGAGACACCUCUGGUGGUGUUGGUUCCUCUAGGAAACAAACUGCUGAUGUAACUGAUGUUGCUCGUGUCAUGAAAGAGAUCUUUUCAGAGACUUCCUUAUUAAAACAUAAAGUUGGAGAGCCUUCUGUAACAGCUAAAGCAAAUGCGCCUGACUCACAAUCCCCAGGUGAGAUGAAUUUGCACACAGUUGAGACCCACAAGGCAGAGAAUGAAAUCCACUCUUCCAAGCAAAUGGAAGAGGAUUCUUGUGGUGUUAAGAAUCAAGAAGCUCCACAUAACCUGAGCAAGGAAGAAAAACUGGUUUUAGAUGUUUCCCACCCUGUUUCUGGUGAUCUGAUAACUUCAGGAUCAGUUGCAAACAAUGAUGGUGACAUUGGGUCGACUAAAGCUGCUGCUGAGAAUGACCUUGUCAAGAUUCCGGGUGGUGAAGUAGAUUCUUCUGUGAUACAACUCAGUUUGGGAAAUGCUUUUGCUGCUAAAUCGUCUUUGGAAAAGUGCACUGCAGAUCAGCUUGUGGAUGAAAAAUUGUCUCAAGAUUCUGGUAAUGGUGAAACAUACCACGUGGGUGUAGAGCUGUCAGAAGAAACAACAUCUUCAUCGAGUUAUGUUCGAUCUGAGCCUACUGCAUCGACAACUGUAGAACAUCUACCUACUGACAAUUUGGAGACAAAUAUUUCUUUUCAAGUGGAAGGUAAAGAUCUGAAUGCUGAUAAAAGAGAAGCUAUCCCCCUUAGUCCGGAAGAAAAAAUGAAUGUUAACUCCAAGAUUGAGACGAAUUCUGAGGAACUUCAAGCCAGUAUAACAGAUAAAGUUCGAAAUCUGGAUGGAGAAUCUCUUAAUAUUGCAAAUCAGACGGUGAAAGAAGAUGAGGCAACAAAUUCUGUUGUAAUACAAUCGUCUGUGCUGGAGACUAAUGAAAUGCCAAAUGUUAGCCAAAAGGAUCACAGUAGCAUUGACAUGCAGGAAGUGGUUUCAGUUACAAGCAAUGAGAACUCCAUGUCCCUUGACCAUAGUGACAAUGAUCCUAUAUCUAAAUCUGCUGAUACAGAACAAGAUCCUGAAGAAUCUGUUUUGGUUCAAGGUGUUGAUAGGCCUAAAGUUGGCACUGCUGACACACAGAUGGAGGAUACUGAUGAUACCAAAGUUCUAGCGGGUUGUUCAGUUGAGAAUGAGGAAAAGGAGAAAACUCUUGAAUCCCAUAUGCCCAGUGAUGAUGCUGUUAGCCAUGCCCCUUUUGUGAAUAUAAAAGAUAGUGAAGGAGAUGAUGAACAUGGGAAGUCUCUUGUUUCCAGUCCAACAAUGAAAGCGAUGGAACAUAAGGGGCUUGAAUCAGAGACACGUGCUCAUACAGAUUCAAGUGGUAUUGAUAGGGAAAAUGAAAUACCAGAAAGUAUGUCUGAUGGCGAAAAAAUGAAUAGUUCAUCUGAGCAGCUCCCAGAUGCAUCAUAUGAUUUAAAAGCACCACAGGAUCAAACAGAUAGUCCCCUAGUUGGUGAGACAGGCCUUGAACACUUGCCAGAAAAUGCGGAUGUACCUACAUCACCUCAUGGAGCAGAACCCAACAUUGUGGUUUCCCAGUCUGAGGGAAUACAGUCUCCAAGUAUCUUAUCGUACAAUGUAGCAGCACAACUAGAAAAUUCAAAUAUCGAAAAAAUGAAUAUUUCAUCGGAGCAGGUCCAAGAUGUAUCACAUGACUUAAAAAUGUCACAUGAUCAAACAGGCAUUCCCUUAGUUGGAGCAGCAUCAAACAUUGUGGUUCCUCAGUCUGAGGGAAAACAGUCUCCAAGUAUCUUACCGGAUGAUGUGGCAGGACAACUAGAAAGUAUGUCUAAUGACGAAAAAAUGAAUAUUUCAUCUGAGCAGGUCGAAGAAGUAUCACAUGACUUAGAAGUGUCACACGAUCAAACAGACGUGUCCCUAGUUGGUGAGAAAGUCCCUGAAAAUUUGCAAGUGAAUGUGGAUGUGUCUGCAUCACCUCAUGGAAUAGAGCCAGACACUGUGGUUUCCCAGACUGAGGAAAUCCAGUCUCCAAGUAUCUUGCCUGACGAGGUACCAAGACUACCAAAUGAUGUACCAGGACAACCAGACAGUGGCAACUGUGAGCAAAUGGAUACCAUGCAGAACAGUACAAAUGUUGAUGUUGGCAUAAUAUCAGGUAAGACGUGUCAGCCAUUGUCUUCUGUCCAGUCUGAGGAUGAGAACAGAAAUAGCUUAUCUCAAUGUGAAACGUCAGAAGUAGUUGAAGAAAGGGAUAAAAGGGAUCAAAUUUGCAUAGGUUCUGUAGAAUCUCAGGUAGAGAUAAGCGCUACUAUGCUGGAAAAUAACUCAGCUAAUAUCCAGGCCCCGCAAUCCAUUUUGGUUGAUCAAAUGGAUACUGAAGAAUCCGUUGAUCCUUGUGCCGAUAAUAUAUGCGACACUAAUAUAAGUGUUGAUGUGUCUUUACACCAAUUAGCUGAUAUCCAGGCUGAGCCAUCCAUUUUGGUUGAUCAAAUUACUGAUGAAUCCAAAGAUCCUUGUGCCGGUAACAUUUGCAAUACUGAUACAAGUGCUGAGCUGUCUUUAGACCAAUUAGCUGAUAUCCAGCCCGAGCCAUCAAUUUUGGUUGAUCAGAUGGAUACUGAAGAAUUCAAAGAUCCUGAUGGCAAUCAUAUUUGCAACACUGAGAUGAGUGUUGAUGUGUCUUUACACCAGUUAGCUGAUAUCGAGAGUUCACCACCUCGUACAGUUAUGCAAAAGAAUGUUGAGGAUCAAGAUCAAGUUGAAGCUGCUAGACAUGAGUUAGUUGUUGUCUCGACCGCAUGUUUGACAGAACCUCAAAUUCAGUUACCACCAUCCGCCGAGCCAGUGGUUGCUGAAGGUACAGAAUCCCCUUCUUUCCUCCCAACGAAGGCAGAAGAGAAUGCUGAGAGCCAAGUAGCUGAUAUCGAGCACUCAUUGCCAUCUACAGUUGUGGAAAAGAACAUUGAGGCACAAGUUCAAGAUCAAGUUCAACCUGCUGUAUCCGAGAUAGGUGAUGUCUCUACUGAAUGUUCGAGAGAACUUCAAGUUCAGUUACCACAAUCCACAGAGCCAAUGGGAGAUAUGCAUGUUCACUUAGGGGCAAGCAAAUCAGAAAUAGUUGUCGAAAGUACAGAAUUCUCUUCAUCUCUCCCAAAGAUGGAGGAAGAAAAUGCUGAGAGCCAACUAGCUGACACUGAGCCCUCAUCAUCUCUUAUAGUUGUGGAAAAGGAUACUGAUCAAGAUCAAGUUGAAACUGCUGGAUGUGAGCUGGUUGUUGUCUCGACAGGAUGUUCUACAGAACCUCAAUUUCAAUUACCACCAUCCACAGAGCCAGUGGUUGCCGAAGGUACAGCAUCCCCUUCUUCCAUCCCAAUGACGGUUGAAGAAAAUGCCAUGAGCCAACUAGCUGAUAUCGAGCCCUCAUCUCCUCCAACAGUUGUGGAAAAGAACAUUGAGGCACAAGAUCAGUACCAAGCUGAAACUGCUGUAUCUGAAUUAGUUGAUGUCUCUACUCAAUGUUUGAUAGAACCUCAAGUUCAAUUACCACCAUCCGCAGAGACAGUGGUUGCUGAGGGUACAGAACAUUCUUCAUCCCUCCCAAUGAUGGUUGAAGAGAAUGUCGAUGGCCAAUUAGCGGAUAUCAAGCCAUCAUUGUCUCCUACAGCUGUGGAAAAGAACAUUGAGAAUCAAGAUCAAGUUGAAACUACGGGUUGUGAGUUAGUUGAUGUCUCUACUGGAUGUUUAUCAGAACCUCAAGUUCCUUUACCGCUAUCUGCAGAGCCAGAGGGAGAUAUGCACGCUCACUUAGACCAAACUCAGAGAUCUCAAACCGUGGUUGCCGAAGGUACAGGGUUCCCUUCAUCUCUCCCAUUGACGGAGGAAAAAAAUGCCAAGAGCCAAUUAGCUGAUAUGGAGCCAUCAUCGUCUCCUAUAGCUGUGGAAAAGGAUCAAGAUCAAGUUGAACCUGGUGGAUGUGGGUUAGUUGAUGUCUCUACUGGAUCUUCGCCACAACCUGAGGUUCAAUUACCUCCAUCCACAGAGCUAGUGGAAGGUACAAGCGAUAAUUUAGAGGCAACAACGAAAUCUGAAACUGUGGUUGCUGAGAGCCACUUAGCUGAUAUCGAGCCAUCAUCGUCUCUUGCAGUUGUGCAUAAGAACAUUGAGGAUCAAGAUCAAGUUGAAACUGCUGGAUGUUCUUCAGAUCCUCAAGUUCAGUUACAGUCAUCCGCAGAGCCAGAGGAAUGCGUGCACGGUCACUUAGAGGAAGCAAAUAAAUCUGAAACUGUGGUUGCUGAAGGUUCAGAACUCGCUUCAUCUCUCCCAAUGACGGAUAAAGAAAAUUCAGAGAGUCAAUUACCUGAUAACGAUCCCUCAUUGUCUCCUACAGCGCAAAGAAACAUUGCGGAUCAAGAUCAAGUUGAAACUGCUGAAUGUGAGUUAGUUGAUGUAUCUACGGGCUGUUCUUCAGAACCUCAAGUUCAAUUACAGCCAUCCCCCAAUGCAGUGGUAGGUAUGGACGUUGACGAAGAAACCGUGAUUGCUGAAGGUACAGAGUCACCUUCAUCCCUCCCGAAUACAGAGGAAGAAAAUGCCGAGAACCCAUUGGACCGACUAGACAGUGAAUGCGGUGUAAUAACUGUUGCUGUUGAAGGUAGCUGUGCUGAGUCGAACUCAUUGGUCACCAAAGAGAGCAAAACAGAGGAUCCAAAAGACUGAUGAAAAUGUCUAGUUCAUUUCAUCUAUGCAUUAUUAAGUUGUAAAACGUUUAGCAUCUAAUAUCAUGAACUCUAAGCAACUUUAUUUUCUUGCAUCAUUUUCAAAAAUGAAAUCCGUAACCAAGAUGCUUAGUAUCGCCUAAAAAGAUAGAUUCCUAUGUUCAUUGUAUCUGACUUAUUAACGUAUUCUCUCAUGUGUGAAUAUUAAAUUAUUCCAUUACCUUAGUCAUACGACUUCUUUGUUA